AUGGGUCAAACUUGCUCAUACAUUCUUGUUAACCCCGGUGACUCGUGCAGCAGUCUUGCCGCCAAAUGCGGCAUCACUCCUGCUCAGUUCACUCAGUACAAUCCCGACCCAGCACUAUGUUCAACUUUGAUCCCUCGCCAGCCAGUUUGCUGUUCCGAAGGAGUACUUCCGGAUCUCAGGCCACAGCCAAACACGGAUGGAACCUGCUUCACUUACACGGUUCAGAGUGGUGACUAUUGCUACAAGAUAGCUGAGGACCAUUAUAUCUCGGUUGCGGACAUUGAGACUUACAACUCGCAGACAUGGGGCUGGACUGGGUGUUCUGGUCUUCAGGUCGGCUCAAAGAUCUGUCUCAGUUCGGGGGCGCCGCCCAUGCCCGACCCCAUUCAGGGUGCUGUCUGUGGCCCACAAGUUCCGGGCACCCCUAGACCGGCGAACUGGGCCGAUCUUGCAUCCCUUAACCCCUGUCCCUUGAACGCCUGUUGUUCCAAGUAUGGAUACUGUGGCAUAACGCCAGAUCAUUGCACGCCAGUUAACCAAAAUGGCCCAUGUAUCUCCAACUGUGGCACGGAGAUCGUCAAGUCCACGCCGCCCCGAGAGUUUAUCAAGGUUGGCUACUGGGAAGCCUUUAACGGGGAUCGCCCCUGCCUGAACAUGAGGGCGGACCAAAUCCCAUCUGGUUAUACUCAUGUUCAUUUCGCUUUUGCCGGCAUUGCCCCAGAUUUGGCAGUCGAUUUCUUGGGGCUUGAAGAUGAGUUCAGACUAUUCGCCAGCCAGACACGCUUCAAGCGCAUCCUGGCGUUUGGUGGCUGGUCUUUCUCGACAAACAACGAUUCGGUUCCCAUCUUCAGGCCCAGCUUCAGCUCAGCCAGCAGACUGCAAUUUGCACGCAACGUUGCCAACCUCGUUCAAGAAUACAAUCUUGACGGUGUGGACUUCGACUGGGAGUUCCCUGCCGAUCCGGCCGAAGGUAACACGUACCUGACCUUCCUGGCCUCCCUCCGGAGCCUGCUUCCAGCGGGAAAGACUGUUUCUGUUGCAACCCCAGCGAGUUACUACCACCUCAAGAACUUCCCCAUUGCCCAAAUGGCGUCCGUCGUCGACUAUGUCGUCUUCAUGACCUACGACCUGCAUGGUCAGUGGGACUACGGCAGCAGCGGGAGCCAAGACGGCUGCCCGAAUGGCGACUGUCUGCGCAGUCACGUCAACCUGACUGAGACGAACUGGGCUCUCUCCAUAAUCACCAAGGCUGGAGUUCCUAGCAACAAGGUCGUCGUUGGCAUUGCAAGCUACGGCCGCAGCUUCCGGCUUGCUGACCCGAACUGCAUAUCUCCGCUCUGCCGUUACACCGGGCCGGAGUCGCAGGCCGAACCAGGGCCGUGCACUCGCCAGAGAGGAAUCAUUGCGCAGGCGGAGAUCGAGGCGAUGACCGUCACCCGGAGAUGGUAUGAAAGCACCAGCGAUGCGGACUAUGCUGUAUAUGGACCGAAUGGGAAUACUUGGACGUCGUAUCUGAGUGAUGAGAGGAAGCAGUCCAGAAUCAACCGCUAUCGGUCCUUGAACUUGGGCGGAUCGGCUGAGUGGGCGAUCGAUUUGGCAAAGUUUUUGCCUGGUGAUGGGCUUCCCAGUGCUUGA